AUGUUGCCGCUGUUGUCCACACUGCAGGAGUUGGCUUUGCCAAUGUUUAUGCUUGUCAUUAUAUGUUUUGUUUACAUCAAAUUUGCGUCUGUUAACAGAUUGAUAAAAGUUAGCAGCAAACAGAAUGUGUUAUUUGUAACUGCUCACCCCGACGAUGAAUGUAUGUUUUUUGCUCCAACCAUUCUCUCCUUGCUUCGUGAAGGACACAAUAUAUAUCUAGUGUGCCUGUCUAAAGGUGACUUCUACAACGAAGGGGAGGUACGGAAAAAAGAACUUUUAGCGAGUUGUUCAAAACUUGGAAUCAUGCCAAAUCAUGUGACAAUCGUAGAUGAUGAGAGGUUUAAAGAUGGACCAGAAACCAACUGGGACAUUGACAGUCUAGGAGACAGGAUUAUGUCAGUUAUUAAACGAGUGAAUGCAGAAAGUGUUAUUACUUUUGAUAGUUUGGGCGUUAGUGGACAUUCCAACCAUAUAGCAAUAUCGCAGGCAGUAGAGAAACUUCAUAUGGGUAAACAGCUUGCAAACGUGUCAGUAUUUAUGUUACAUAGUUCAAACAUUGUUAGGAAAUAUAUCGCCUUUCUAGAUAUACCAGUGAGCAGCUUGUUUUAUUUAACAACAUUUGUAAGUUUGCCUAGCGAGAUUGUCAAGUCAUGGAGAGCUAUGUCAGCACAUCAGAGCCAAAUGUUGUGGUUCAGGAAAUUGUACAUUGUUUUUUCACGUUACAUGUAUGUUAAUACAUUGACAGAGUUGAGAUAAGUUGUGAUUUCCAAAUGCUCGAGGAUAGAUGGGGGAAACCUGUAUAGUAUAAAGCACCUAUUAAAAUUAUCAGAGGCUGAAAAGAAUGGAUUGUAACAAAUAAAUAUACAUGGUUUUGAAUAGUGUUUCAUAUUCAUAAACUAUAGAUUUAAAAUUUGAUAAGAAUUUUAAUGUUCUAAAUUUUGAACUUCAGACACGAAUCAAAGUAUGUAAUACAGAACUCCUAUAUGUACCUCAAGCUUUCUGAGAUUGAAAUGUAGAAGGUCCAGUAAAAAGGGGAGACGAUUUAUGGCAGUUAACUUUAUUGUUCUUGUUCUCAGGUUGUUCUUCUUGUUUUUCAUUCCUCCAGAUGUUUUUAUGCGGAAUGUUUGCUUGAAGUAUGAAUGCUUUUUUGCUUUCAUAAAAGUAAAAAGAUUAUUUUUAGCUCACCUGUCACAAAGUGACAAGGUGAGCUUUUGUGAUCGCGUGGCGUCCGUCGUCCGUGGCAUCCGUCUGUGCGUAAACUUUUUGCUUGUGACCACUCUAGAGGUCACAUUUUUCGUGGGAUCUUUAUGAAAAUUGGUCAGAAUGUUCACUUUGAUGAUAUCUAGGUCAGUUUUCAAACUGGGUCAUGUGCGGUCAAAAACUAGGUCAGUAGAUCUAAAAAUAGAAAAACCUUGUGACCUCUCUAGAAGCCAUAUUUUUCAUGAGAUCUUCAUGAAAAUUGGUCAGAAUGUUCACCUUGAUGAUAUCUAGGUCAAGUUCGAAACUUGGUUACGUGGGGUCAAAAACUAGGUCAGUAGGUCUAAAAAUAGAAAAAACUUGUGACCUCUCUAGAGACCAUAUUUCUCAAUGGAUCUUCAUGAAAAUUGGUCAGAAUGUUCAUCUUGAUGAUAUCUAGGUCAAGUUUGAAACUGGGUCAUGUGGGUUCAAAAACUAGGUCAGUAGAUCUAAAAAUAGAAAAACCUUGUGACCUCUCUAGAGGCCAUAUUUUUCAAGAGAUCUUCAUGAAUAUUGGUCAGAAUGUUCAUCCUGAUAAUAUCUAGGUCAAGUUCGAAACUGGUUGACGUGGGGUCAAAAACUAGGUCAGUAGGUCUAAAAAUAGAAAAACCUUGUGACUUCUCUAGAGGCCAUAUUUCUCAAUGGAUCUUCAUGAAAAUUGGUCAGAAUAUUCAUCUUGAUGAUAUCUAGGUCAAGUUCGAAAGUGGGUCACGUGGGGUCAAAAACUAGGUCAGUAGGUCUAAAAAUAGAAAAACUUUGUGACCUCUCUAGAGGCCAUAUUUUUCAAGAGAUCUUCAUGAAUAUUAGUGAGAAUGUUCACCUUGAUGAUAUCUAGGUCAAGUUCGAAACUGGGUCACGUGGGGUCAAAAACUAGGUCAGUAGGUCUAAAAAUAGAAAAACCAUGUGACCUCUCUAGAGGCCAUAUUUCUCAAUGGAUCUUCAUAAAAAUUGGUCAGAAUGUUCACCUUGAUGACAUCUAGAUCAAGAUUGAAACUGAGUCAUGUGCAGUCAAAAACUAGGUCAGUAGGUCUGAAAAUAGAAAACAUUUUGUGACCUCUCUAGAGGCCAUAUUUUUCAUGGGAUCUUUAUGAAAAUUGGUCAGAAUGUUCAGCUUGAUGAUAUCUAGGUCAAGUUCGAAACUGGGUCACGUGCGGUCAAUAACUAGGUCAGUAGAUUUAAAAAUAGAAAAACCUUGUGACCUCUUUAGAGGCCAUAUUUUUCAAGAGAUCUUCGUGAAAAUUGGUCCGAAUGUUCAUCUUGAUGAUAUCUAGGUCAAGUUCGAAACUGGGUCACGUGCGGUCAAAAACUAGGUCAGUAGGUCUAAAAAUAGAAAAAUCUUUUGAUGUCUCUAGAGGCCAUCUUUCUCAAUGGAUCUUCAUGAAAAUUAAUGAGAAUGUUCAGCUUGAUGAUAUCUAGGUCAGAUUCGUAACUGGGUCAUGUGAGGUCAAAAACUAGGUCAGUAGGUGAAAAAUAGAAAAACCUUGUGACCUCUCUAGAGGCCAUAUUUUUCACGAGAUCUUCAUGAAAAUUGGUGAGAAUGUUCACCUUGAUGAUAUCUAGGUCAACUUCAAAAGUGGGUCACGUGCCUUCAAAAACUAGGUCAUUAGGUCAGAUAAUAGAAAAACCUUGUGACCUCUCUAGAGGUCAUAUUUUUCAAUGGAUCUUCAUAAAAAUUGGUCAGAAUUUUUUAUCUUAAUGAUAUCUAGGUCACAUAUGCUCAAAAACUAGGUCACUAUGUCAAAUAAUAGAAAUAACGACAUCAUACUCAGUUCAACACUGGGUCAUGUGGGGAUAGGUGAGCGAUUCAGGACCUUCAUUGUCCUCUUGUAUUUAAGAAGUUACAGGUAAUUAAUUAAAAUAGAGUACCAGAUAACAUUCCAAACAAUUUCAGUGUCUGUUUUAAAUUUCUUAGUUGUUAAAACAGUAUUUUAAGUGUUUGUGUUAUUGUUCAGUUGAUAUGACUUUAUAAACUUCCCAUUGAGAUGAGGUAUUUGUAAUGCAGAAAAUUUAUAUAAGCAGAAGUAUUACAUAUACUAGUAAGUUGUUAAUACAGCAAGUUAUUAACAAAUAAUUCAUGGCAACCUGUUGAUGUCCAAACACAAGUUUACGGACUAUGCAGUGAGGUCAAACAUUUUUGUUCUUUGACUGCAUAAAGACCUAUUAGCAUGUAUUAUUUAUUGUAUAUACGGAAUAGAGUUCUUUUAAAGGGAAUUUUAAAAAAGAAGGUAAAAUGGUAUUUCCUUAAAUGAUGUAGAGGUAAAACAUUGCAGGUCAAAGUUAAACAUAUAACACAUUGAUAAAGAUGUAAAUAUGCAAAUGAGAUCAGAUAUUUUCUUACUAAUUUAAUGAAAUAUGUAAAAACUGAUUGACGAGAUAUACCUGUGAACCGACUCUUAAGAUUUGAAGGGAAAUUAUUAUAUUUUUAAAGGCAUUCAGUAUAAAAAAUCAUUUACUGAUAACGUCAUUAUUUUUUCAGUUUGGAAGUAAAGGUUAUGGAAAUUUAGUAUGCUAAUUAGUGAAUGCAUUUUUUUCUUGUUUAUAAUUAAUUCCUUGCAGAUAAUGUUGUUAGUCUGUUGGCUUUGGGUUCUUGUUUGUUUGUCAAAUACUUGUUAACUGAUGCAGCAGUGAUUCUAGAUUUUGACAUUUCUUUUGUAAUAAAUGCUAAAGAAUA